AGCCUCAGCUGUGCUCUUCUCGACCUCCGGGCGCUCCGUGCAUAGAAUCAGAGUCCUGUCAUUCUCGCCGUUUUUUUAAACGCACAUGCGGUUUGUCGAUCGCCCGGUAACGGAGCAUAUGCUGCUAUGAGUGCUUUCUGUCGCCUGAUCCACAGAGGACUGCUGAGGCUCCGGCCGUCGUGUCGUUUGUUCCCCGGACAGCAGGAUGUGUGUGGAGGGGCUCCGGUGGCUCCCGCGGUCCGGUCAGCCAGCUCAUCCAGCCCAGUCAACCUGACCUACGAUGUCUUCGAUGGGAAGGGUGACAGCACUCCCCUGGUGUUUCUUCACGGCCUUUUUGGAAGCAAAUCUAACUUCCACUCAAUAGCGAAGUCCUUGGUGCAGCGCACAGGCCGAAAGGUGCUGACUGUAGAUGCCCGUAACCAUGGCAACAGCCCUCACAGCUCGGAGCUGACCUACGAAGCAAUGACCGAUGACUUGACACACCUCCUCGCCCAGCUGCACAUCGAGAAGUGCGUCCUCGUCGGCCACAGCAUGGGCGGGAAAACGGCCAUGACGACCGCCCUGACGCAGUCUGGUUUGGUGGAGAGGCUGGUGGUAGUGGACAUCAGUCCAGCCCAGACCACCACACGCACCAACUUCCACUAUUACAUCAAGGCCAUGCAGGAGAUGAAGAUCUCCAGCGACAUCCCACGUUCCACCGCCAGGCGGAUGGCUGAGGAUCAGCUGCGCAGUUUAGUCAAGGAGCGCUCAGUGCGGCAGUUCCUGCUGACUAACCUGGUGGAGCUGAAUGGCCACUAUGCCUGGAGGGUCAACCUGGAGGCCAUCUCUGCGCACCUUGAAGAAAUCAUGAGCUUCCCCAGCUUCAACACAGUCUAUCACGGACCCACAUUGUUUUUGGGUGGAGCCAGUUCUGCUUAUAUCAGCUCCGACGAUUACCCAGAAAUCCACAGGCUGUUCCCUAACGCUGACAUCCAGUACAUCCCAGAUGCGAGCCACUGGAUCCACGCAGAUAAACCCUUAGAUUUCAUCAGCUCCAUCAGCUCCUUCCUCCAGUCCUAGCUGCCUCCCGUCUACGCCUCAGGACUUUUAUCAAUGCUCAGCACUCCUGAGCGAGCCCUCACUGAAAAUGACGGUUAGUAUUCUGCAGCCUCAGCAAGAGCAAGUGGAGUCACUGAUGAUGCUAAUAUUUGCCAACACUGGACCAAACUUGCCCUUCACAGCAACCAAUCCUCCUCUUAACAUUAUUAGUGCAGUGCAGUGUAGCGUAGGUGAACAUUUCUUUUGUUUUCUGCAGGUAGUGCUACUAGCUUGGCUGGUUUUUCGAUGUGUUUUUAUUGGUCGGUAGGUAGACGGUAUAUAAUUUAAUGGGGCUGUUUAGGAGGUGAUGUACUAAUCCAAAGAAACUCUCAUUUGCAGAGUGCUUUCUUUAUGUUAUGCCAGUAGGAAAAGUUGCGUUAGGCCAAGUAUAUUCUGGGACGGCUGAGGUGGACCAGCAGUAAGACGGUUGGUUAUGAACGUACUGGACGGCACUGGAAUGAAACGAAUACUGUAUAUACGAGAAGCAGAGUUAAGAUUAUUCGAAGUAAAAGAUGUUUCUUUGCCCGAGGGAGUUUGGUGUUGUGUCGGGAGCUUUGAGCUCUGCAAGAGAGGCUGUAAUGCAGACCUUACGUGUACAGAUGGUUUGUUGUAGAGACUUAUUUUGAUGUUGAUAAUUGUGAUAUGUAUAUUCGAUAGUUUGGCCUGGAACUAUUUCUCAUGGUCCUCCCCUCCGUGUACCUGCUGUGCGUCAGAGGUGAGGCUUUACAGGUCAAUGACUCGAGGUCAUCGAGAGCGCUGGUUAUAUUUUUAUGGCAAUAUGAUCUAUAAUCUAUGAACAUAAUGUAUGAAAACCAAUCUGAAACAUUCAAAUGCAGUAUUGUCACAAUCUGUUUCCUGAAUAUCUCAGGUCACACAAGUGGAUAUGCGAAUUAUUAAACGAUUAUACUAUUCUCCCGUCUGUCUGGCAAUACGCCGUAGUAACGUAGUUAUGUCUUUGUGUUUGUCCACGCAGUCUUUUGAUUAAACAUGUUUCAUCGAGUUAUUAUCCGUAUCUCACUUAUCUUUAUGAAUAAAGACGAGCCUAUAUGGGUAUCUCAAAAAUAAAUGCUGCAGCAAUGUAUGUUGUUAUCUAAUCGUAAAACAGUGUUAAUAUUAUUUCUUUCCUCUGUUUGGAGCAGGACAGUCCUGUAGUGAAACUGCCAUCUGUGUGAAUAAGCAGGGUGUUGUAAAUGUGUGCCUCUUCUGUCGAGAGCUCCUUUUUCCAUUUCUGUAAGACUUGAUAAGUGAAACACAACUUUUAUUGUUCAAUAAUGACUAGCAGACUAUCGAUUGGCAGCUGGGUUGCCAGUUCUGCGUGACUUUUCUCACAAGGAAGCUUAACAGAUGGGGGUGUGUAUCCCUUCAUGGCGCUAGAUGUUUACAACAAUCUUGUGUUUUGUGUUCGUUUUGGUGUGAGUACAGAAGUCUAAAAGGCUUUAAACGGUCGGAUUUUAUGAGUUAAACUCUUAGUUUUUAUAACGCUCUAGUUCCCCCCCCCCCCCCCCCCCUCCCCCCUGUCCUCAGCCACAGGACAGAUUUGUCUUGUUGCUAAUUAUGAAUAGAUUGUUGGGUGACGCUGAUGUUUGAAUGCAGGCCCUGCUUCAGCUUCUGUAGUGUUGCAGUGGUACGAGUGUCUCUGUUUAAAGGGGGGAACUCUCUGUGUCAACAAUAUAGGAAAUUGAAUUUAUUCAAUCCUACUGAGAACUGUUAGAAGACUGUAAUCAUCUGUUCAGGAUUGUAUUGUGGUCCACUAUGAGCAUGCCUUUUCUCUUGUCAUCAGGUGUAACUUUGCUGUGCUAUAUACGUCUCAGUUUGUUCAACAUGUUGCCACAAUGGGGGCACUUAUUCUAGAUAGUGGCAUAUAUACAUUUGACAAAGAAGCAUAUAGGAGUGGGUUGAUUAUAUAUAAUUGAAAAUGUACAAACUGAUAUUAUACAAUAAAAUGACAAAUCUGA